GUUAACGCUGUUUUCAAGAUGGCGCCUGGAACACCAACCAGCAGUCCUCAAGAUGAAAAACCUAAAAGUAGAAGGCCUAAAGAUACAAAAUUCAAGCAGCAGAAACUUCCAGCAUGGCAGCCUAUUCUAACAGCUAAUACCGUACUCCCUGCUUUCUUUGCUAUUGGUAUAGCUUUUAUACCACUGGGUGUGGCCCUUCUUGUUACCUCUAACAAUAUAACAGAAUAUGAGUUAGAUUAUACAAUGUGUAAGAGUAAAACCAACCCUAAUGAAACUUGUGCCGAGUUUUUUGAUAAUCCUAACAACACUGGGCUAGUCUGUCAGUGUGAAUAUUUGGUGAAUCUUUCAGAAUUCCAGGGAACUGUGUAUAUGUAUUAUGGUUUAAAGAAUUUUUACCAGAAUCAUCGUCGCUACGUCAGAUCUCGAGAUGAUAACCAACUGAACGGUCAGGAUGUCAGCGUAGCUAAUUUAAACGAUGAUUGUGUACCCUAUAAAACACUGAAGGGAAAUUCAAGUUUUGGGUAUGCACCAUGUGGGGCUAUUGCUAACAGCUUGUUCAAUGAUUCAUUCAGUUUAACAUAUCGUGGUACGACUGAUAAUCCAGGAAAUAUCUCUGUCAACUUGUUGAAAACUGGUAUAGCUUGGAUCUCGGAUAAAACUGUUAAAUUUCAAAACCCUGCCAGUUGGGGCAGUAAUCUUCUCAAGCCACCAAAUUGGAAAAACCCAGUGUGGGAACUGGAUAAUACAACAGACAAUAACAAUGGGUAUGUUAACGAAGAUUUGAUUGUGUGGAUGAGAACAGCAGCGCUACCUUCAUUCCGUAAACUCUACCGACGUAUUGACCACUCCCAGUCUGAGUUUAAAGAUGGUUUAAAAGAAGGACAAUAUUUGAUCUCUAUUAAUUAUGCAUAUCCAGUAACAGCUUUUGAAGGAAGUAAAAAGUUUGUUUUGACCACUACCUCAUGGUUGGGUGGUAAGAACCCAUUUCUGGGUAUCGCCUAUCUGGUAGUGGGUAGCUUGUGUAUUAUACUAGGGGUGGCCUUCCUCAUUAUUCAACUGAAAUGGGGGAAAAGACAACAGGCAUGGUAAAGAUCUGUUGAAAUGGUAGAAGUGUCUAAUAGGGAGGCUUAUUAACCAAGACUACUGUUAUAUUUAUGAGACUGGAUAAAAGAAGCUAAUGCUUUCAAGGCUUAUUAAUCAAGACUAUUGUUAUAUUAACAUGGCUGGAUAAAAGAAGCUAGUGCUAAGACCACAUUGACAACAUUUUUUACUCAGUUUUUUCAUCUACAAUUCGAUAUUUAAAGCUACAUUUUCUACCCAAAAGUGAUCAAAAUUAUUCAGUUUAGUUUAAGACUUAAAAUCCUACAAAAUUUUCUACGAAGGAUGAAACUUUAUAGUGUUGUCAACAUCUGAUUGGUCUAUCACUAAACUGAUAUCAAACCUGCUUAGCUUUCAUUUAUCAUAAAAAAACGUAUUCUCUUGCCUUCAGUUAUCUCUUGGUAUGACACAAAUCUCUAGUAAACACAAAACACUAUAAAACAUUUUGCUAACUGAACACAGAGCAAAUUUUGUAAAUAAAUUAAAAUGAGAUGAAAUAUCUGUGGUCUUUAGCCUUUCUGGAUUAAAUUUUUCUCGUGUGAUACUAUACAUGUAGCACUAACAAUAUCUACUUUUUACAAUUCAAGCACUUUUUAUCAUUAGAGAUGGUUUUGCAAGUUUGAAGUCAAGGGAAAUCUGUAUUAUACCUUGAUUGUUUUUAACAUGUACAUGUAUGUUUAUAUCAUCUCAUCGUGUUAGUUUGUACACAAGAAGAUUAUAUUAAGUUGUAUAUGUGCCCUGUAACGGCUGUUGAUCUUUAAAAUCUUGAAAUAGCCUAUAUUCUUACCUUGACAGACUUGAGCUUGAAUUGCUUGGCUGAUUAGAAAACAGGCAUACUGAACUCUAUAUAGUUUAAAACUGUUAAACUUCAGAAAUUAUUUAAUACAGAGUUCAGUUUACCCGUGUUUCAAUGGUGGUAUAUAAUCUGAUUAUUAUAAUCUAUUCAGUUUGUGUAAAUAUUCAUCAACAUUCCUUGUUCCGCUGUUUUUUUUAAUAAAUGUUAAUCGUGUUGUGUAAUUAAGAAGUCAAACCUAAUUCUAUAUACUUUGACAGAUUCAGAUACAUAAGGAAUUGAUAAUGGAUGUAUUUUUUUUUAUCAUUUUUUCAACUUUCUGUAUAUAUUGUAUUUUUGUUAGGGUGGGGACCAUAUCAAUCUCUCCAGGGUAAAGAAUUUGGAUGUGCGAAUUAGACCUUACCAGUAAUGAAAACAUCUGGAGACAUACAAGAACAUUCAGUACUGGUGUUGCAAAGCAUGCUUACUUGUUUAAAACACCUUGUAUCAAUCUAUUUUUCCACCUCAUUAACAUUCUAUUCUUUUGAAACAUCUUUUACCACUCACCAACUGAGUUGGACAAAUCUGCAUGUUGGUUCAGCAAGCCAUGGCAUGCUUACCCUCUUAUAACACUUCAUAUAAACAUUUAAUAGUAGUUUAAUGAUGGUGAUAAGGUAGAGAAAAUUGGAAGGAUGCAAACAGGAUCUAAAUAUAACACAUAGAAAACCUCUUUACCAUCCAUAGAAAGAUCAGAUAUCUGAACUAUUUUUCAACCCUGGGGAUUUUAAGACCUAUUUUGACCUGAAAUAUAAUUGAUUACUACUUGUUAUUCUGUAAUAAUUUAUUUAUUGAUUGUUAUUAUGUACAUAAUUUUACAAAUAUUUGAAUAAUUAUAUCUUCUUUAAUCUACAGCACUCAGUUUACUUUGUCCAGUUUGCCCCAUCCACCACUGACUGUGUCAGUCCAGUCUUGGAGCUUUAUUUUUGUUUCAACUGACUCUUGUACCAUGUAUUCAGGCUAAUGCUGCUGUCCUGGCAAAAUUUCCCUCAUUGUACCCUGCAUGGCGUUGCCCGUCUUCAUUAGACCACAAUGUGCAGACAAGUAGUCAUUUGGUUUCUUUUGUACCCUGUAUUUAUCUUCCUCGUGUGUAGCCUACCCACCCACUGGUAGGUUGGUUUGAAUCAUUACGUGGGGGGGUCAAGUAAGGUCCACCGAAUUGACAAGGGUACUCACAUGUAAUUCCACCCUUUUUGAACUUGAAGUAAUAAGAAAUUUGACAGUGGGGGAGGAGGGAAGCCAGACCAGCCUUAGUUCUUUGGGUUAUGAAACGCCCCAAAGCCCGGUAGAAACGCCACUUAGUCUACCAAUAUUGCAAUUUAUUUCGCAUUUACUAACCAGCUAUGACAAGUACCGUGUAUUUGCGUGUAUAUUGCGCACCUUUUACUCGAUAAUAUUAUGCCAUUGUGUUGCCAUAGUUGCACACUGAAUGAAGUUUCUAGUCUUCUAGGCACUGGUGUAGGAUGUAAAACUCUUAUUUCAUUCAGUUGACAACAGAUGAGGGGGUUUCUUCCGAUACACUGGUCGUAUCCAGAUUAGGGAGUUUUCGAGCUUGACAGAAAGCUCCCACGAGAACAAUGAGCACAAAACUGAUAAAUAGAAAUGAUCCACAAGCUAUAGCGAUAUAGUCUCCGUAUCCCUUUUUAUCUUCUAGCUUACCAAACAUGGGAGCUGGAUUGGUUUCACAAAUAAAAAGAUUUAAAGAGUCACAAUUUUCUAACAACCAAUCCGAUCCUCUGUCUAUUUUUACACACGAUGACAUCAGAGAUGAUGUUUGAAACGUGGACGCUAAUUGGCCAAAAUUUGGAAAGUCAGUCAUGUGACGUGUUUUAGCGUCCAUAACGACGAAUACAUUAUUAGACUCAUUCUUAAAGAACUGCAAGUUUGUCCAGAUUUGUGAUGCACUGAUGUCAAAAGCAUUUCUCAACUCGUCUAAUGAUUGGUCCGUUUUCACGUCUGCUAAAUAACCGCCAUUUUGACGACACGAUCGCCUGGCACCUGGUAGAGUUUCUGGUAAAACAGGAAAAAAGAAACAUCUUUCUUUAUAUUUUAUCCAAUUGGACUGACAGGGAUAUGAUACUAUGAUAUUAAUUCUAGUUGCCAUGGUAACCAUUAUUAAUAAAGCUUUAAUUAAUACUUCCAUCUUUAAAAUAAGUAUCUGGUGGAUUACUGCUUCAUUUAUCGUUUUGUGACAUCUUUUCUCAGCGCAUCUUUUUUCUACAACUGUUAUAUCAUUUCAAAUACAUUGUCUUCCUCUUCCUUUCUGAAUCACUAAACUUCAUUGAUAUCUGCAACCUAGUCCGUC